GCCAGUAUACUACUGUCUGCCGAGGUACUCGCACGUGUGUCUGUGUAGGUACAUACCUCGUUGUAACUCGACGCGGGAACAUCGAGUGUUGGUGCAGUGUGUCGGGAACAUGCAGUGCUGCAGAUACAUCGUAGCGAUGAUGUUGGUGUUGGCGUGUAUGUUGGCGGCGGCGGCCGGCACUAUACCGCAGCCACGCGCGCCCAACUUCCAGUACUUCGAGAGGCCCAACUACCGCUACCCGUACUACGACGAGAACGGCAAGGGCAAGCUGCUCUACGGGUACGGCGGACCCGAGCUCUACCAGUACAAGUCCUACUCGCCGCUAGAGGGCAUCUACUGACAUCAUACAGUUCAUUAAAGUAGUAGGUUUAUAUAUUAUAAGUCAGUGUAUGGCAUGCUUGUACUGUAGUACGAGCUCGGUGGGGAGUC